UGUUAACGGCGUUUGCUUUGAACGGCCAGGACAAGCCCUAGGGUUCCUGCAGAAGCCGAAAGGUGAGACAGGCAGUGUGAUCCAAAUCCAUGUACGUAUCGGAGGGGCGCAACAGAGCAUUUUAUUGAGGAACUCCCUUUCCUCUGCAAAUGGCUUGUUUCCGUGGUAUCUCGAAAAGAGUUGGUCUUUUUCAGAGAAGGAUUUACCCGUCUUGUGUUCAUCUUAUUGGUAAUAAUAAAGAUGACACUGGAACAACUUCUCAAAACCCGGGUAGUGGUGAGACGAUCCACAAAGUCUUACCUCAUAAUGGGACUCACCGGUUGAGCUCACUGCCCCAAGAGAGGCAAUAUCAGUCAUUAUUUGGGCCAGCCGGGUUUUGUUUCUCGUCUUGUAGGUAUAUGAGUUCUACACCGGUAGAAUGGUCCGAUAAGGUCGAUGGUAUUGAGUUUGUGACGAAUGAAGUGAUCCCUGAUGGAACGAUUGAAGCUGUGACAAGCCACGUUUCUGCCGUAAACGAAGUGGCUGUUGCAGCUGCAGAUUCUGCUUAUCCUGUUGCGGCAUUGCAAUACGUGAUUGACGGUGUACAUUCUUUUACUGGCCUGAACUGGUGGGCAUCAAUAGUUCUGACUACUGUGAUGAUCCGUGGGCUAACAGUUCCCCUCCUUCUGAAUCAACUGAAGGCUACCUCAAAACUCAAUAUGAUGAGGCCACGCUUGGAGGAGAUAAGACAAGAGAUAAGUAGUAAGGCUAUGGAUCCUGAAGCCAUGGCAGAAGGCCAGAAAAGGAUGCAAGCAUUAUUUCACGAAUAUGGAGUAACUCCAUUUACUCCUCUGAAAGGACUUCUUAUUCAAGGUCCCAUCUUCAUCAGCUUCUUCUUUGCGAUCAGAAAUAUGGCGGAGAAAGUUCCAUCACUUAAAAGCGGCGGGACUCUCUGGUUUACUGAUCUUUCAAUUCCAGAUAGCUCUUAUGUCUUGCCACUGCUCACUGCACUUACUUUCUUGAUUACAGUGGAGUACAACAUGCAGGAAGGCCUUGAAGGGAACCCAGUGGCUGGAACUAUGAAGACUUUCUCAAGGAUCCUUGCUUUUGUCUCCGUCCCCGUAAUGAUGGGCUUUGAGACGGCAUUAUUCUGUUACUGGCUUACUUCCAACCUGUUUUCGCUUGGAUAUGGACUAGUGCUAAAACGUCCGGAGGUGAAAAGGCUAUUGAAUAUCGCAAAUGUGGACGCCCCGCCAUCACAGCCUAUGCCCUUUACCUUUUCGCCGGUGAAAAAGGAAAGUACAGUUCGAGAAAACGGUCCCACAUCUAGCGUAGCUGACAGGAGAAUAUCCCGGAAUUCAGUUCUGAAUCAAAGAAUCAAAACUCUCCAGAGACAACUUAAAGACCGGAAGAACAAGAAGUGAGGCUUUUCUCCAUUUUAGGUGUAAUAAGAUCUGUUACCAUCUCUCGGCCCCUUGUUUUGAUGCAUUGAAACUAAAGCCCCCUUCAGCGGCUUUAUCAUUGUAACAUUUCCGGUUUCUGAGAUAUACGGGAAGAUGGCAAUUUCCCUAUGGAUGGAUGCAAAAUUACGUCCAAGAACUGGUGCUCCAUCGUUUUGUUUUUUCAAUUCAAUUUUUUUUUGCCGUU